AUAGAGAACUACUGUUGCCAAAGGGACAUAAACAACUCGUUUACACGGACUAGUAACACUGCUUAGAAUUAUGUUGUUGCUUUCCAAUUUUCUGAAAACUUGAGAGAUUUUUUCUUUUCCAGCAGGUUUUUAUAUUCCCUCACAGUGUUUAGAUUAGCCUAUCUUCAAAAGCCAAAAAUGAUGUUAAAAAGAAGUGUACCAUCAAGGCACCAUUCUCUCAGCACCUAUGAAGUUAUGUUUGCAGCUCUUGUUGUCAUUUUGGUGGUGCUCUGUGCUGGAUUAAUUGCAGUGUGUUGGCUGUCGAUCAAGAGAUCAGAAAGAGAUGCAGUAUUUGGAAAAAGUCAUGAAGCCAGAGGGACUUUGAAAAUAACAUCAGGAGCUACAUAUAAUCCUAACUUGCAAGACAAACGUUCAGCGGAUUUCAAAAUUCUUGCUUUUGACCUUCAGGAAAUGAUAGAUGAGAUCUUUCAAUCAAGUAAUCUGAAAAAUGAAUAUAAAAACUCAAGAGUUUUACAAUUUGAAAAUGGCAGCGUUACAGUCAUAUUUGACCUUUUCUUUGCCCAGUGGGUGUCAAAUGAAAAUGUAAAAGAAGAACUGAUUCAAGGCAUUGAAGCAAAUAAAUCCAGCCAACUGGUCACUUUCCAUAUUGAUUUGAACAGCAUUGAUAUCACAGCAUCUUUGGAGAAUUUCUCUACAGCAAACCCUGCAACAACUUUAGUCUCAAGAGAGUGCCUGCCUGGUUCAAGGUCUUGUGCUGAUGCUACAAAAUGUAUAGCAAUUGAUUUAUUUUGUGAUGGAGAAUUAAACUGUCCAGAUGGUUCUGACGAAGACAAUAAAACUUGUGCCACAGCUUGUGAUGGAAGAUUUUUGUUGACAGAAUCUUCAGGGUCCUUUGAAGCUACCAAUUAUCCAAAGCCUUCUAAUUCAAGUGUUGUUUGCCAGUGGAUUAUACGUGUAAACCCAGGACAUUGCAUUAAGCUGAGCUUCGAUUCUUUUAAUAUAUAUUACACAGAUACAUUAAAUAUUUAUGAAGGCGUGGGUUCAAGCAAGAUUUUAAGAGCUUCCCUCUCAGAGACUAAUCCUGGCACAAUUAGGAUUUUUUCCAAUCAAGUUACUGCCACCUUUUUUAUAGAAACUGAUGACAAUGAUUAUAUUGGCUUUCAUGCAACAUACGCUGCAUUUAACCCCAGAGAACUUAAUAAUUAUGAUAAAAUUAACUGUAAUUUUGAAGACGGCUUUUGCUUCUGGGUCCAGGAUCUAAAUGAUGAUAAUGAAUGGGAAAGGAUUCAGGGAAACACAUUCCCCCCUUUUACUGGACCAGAUUUUGACCACACUUUCGGCAACGUUUCAGGAUUUUACAUUUCCACCCCAACGGGACCAGGCGGGAGACGAGAAAGAGUAAAACUUUCAACUCUUCCUUUAGACCCGACUUUGGAACCAGUGUGCCUUAGUUUCUGGUACUACAUGUAUGGUGAAAAUGUCUAUAAAUUAAGCAUUAAUAUCAGCAAUGACCCAAACAUAGAGAAGACAAUUUUCCAAAAAGAAGGAAAUUAUGGAAGAAAUUGGAAUUAUGGACAAAUAACAAUAAAUGAAACAGUAGAAUUUAAGGUUAUUUUUACUGCUUUUAAAAACCAGUUCCUGAGUGAUAUAGCAUUGGAUGACAUUAGCCUAACAUAUGGGAUUUGCAAUGUGAGUCUUUAUCCAGAACCAACUUUGGUCCCAACUCCUCCACCAGAACUUCCUACGGACUGUGGAGGACCUUUUGAACUUUGGGAACCAAAUACAACUUUCACUUCUAUGAAUUUUCCAAACAGCUACCCGAACCAGGCUUUCUGUGUUUGGAAUUUAAAUGCACAAAAUGGAAAAAAUAUACAACUUCAUUUUCAAGAAUUUGACUUAGAAGAUAUUGCAGAUGUAGUGGAAAUCAGAGACGGUGGUGGAGAUGAUUCCUUGCUCUUAGCUGUGUAUACAGGGCCUGGUCCAGUAAAGGACGUGUUCUCAACCUCCAACAGAAUGACUGUGCUUUUCAUCACUAAUGAUGUGUUCACAAAAGGGGGAUUUAAAGCCAACUUCACUACUGGCUAUCACUUGGGGUUUCCAGAGCCCUGCAAAGAAGACAGUUUUCAGUGUAAGAAUGGAGAGUGUGUCCCACUGGUCAAUCUCUGUGACAGUCUUCCACACUGUAAGGAUGGCUCAGAUGAAACACAUUGCGUGCGUCUUCACAAUGGCACCACAAACAACAACGGUUUAGUGCAGUUCAGAAUCCAGAGUAUUUGGCAUGUAGCUUGUGCUGAGAAGUGGACCACCCAGAUUUCAAAUGAUGUUUGUCAGCUGCUGGGACUAGGGAGUGGAAACUCAUCAAUGCCAGUCUUCUCCACUGGAGGUGGACCAUUUGUAACAUUAAACACAGCACCUAAUGGCAGUUUGAUACUAACACCAAGUAAACAGUGUUUACAAGAUUCCCUGAUUCUUUUACAAUGUAAUCACAAAUCAUGUGGAAAAAAACUGGUGGCUCCAAAAGUCAGCCCAAAGAUUGCUGGAGGAAGUAACGCCAAAGAAGGAGCCUGGCCCUGGCUCACUGCUCUGUAUUAUAACGGCCGACUGCUCUGUGGCGCUUCUCUAGUCAGCAACAACUGGCUGGUGUCUGCUGCCCACUGUGUUUAUGGGAGACAUUUAAAGCCAUCUAAGUGGAAAGCAAUCCUAGGCCUGCAUAUGACAUCGAAUCUGACUUCUCCUCAAGUAGUGACCCGGGUGAUAGAUCGAAUUGUCAUCAACCCACAUUACAAUAAAUGGAGAAAGGACAGUGAUAUCGCCAUGAUGCACCUUGAAUUGAAAGUGACUUACACAGAUUAUAUCCAACCUAUUUGCUUACCAGAGGAAAACCAACUUUUUCCCCCAGGAAGAAUUUGUUCUAUUGCUGGCUGGGGGAGAGUUGUACAUCAAGGUCCUACUGCCAACAUACUGCAAGAAGCUCCUAUUCCUCUUCUAUCAAAUGAAAAAUGCCAACAACAGAUGCCAGAAUAUAACAUUACAGAAAAUAUGGUGUGUGCAGGCUAUGAGGAAGGAGGAAUAGAUUCUUGCCAGGGGGAUUCAGGAGGACCGUUAAUGUGCCAAGAAAACAACAGGUGGUUCCUGGCUGGUGUGACCUCAUUCGGAUACGAGUGUGCUCGGCCUAAUCGCCCAGGGGUGUAUGUCCGGGUCCCAAGGUUCACUGAAUGGAUACAAAGUUUUCUCCAUUAGAGUGUUUCUGACACCAAACAGGAAAAUCGGCCAGUUGUCCCAUUCCACUCUAAGUAGCGUGGAAAUUGAGAGUUUUGUAAAAAAUAGUUUCUAAAUGCCUUUAUUCUUCCCUAAGUCACUGAAAUCCUGGGGGGAGAGAAACAAAUAAACAAAAAAACCUCAACAAAUCUUUACAAUACUAAGUAACUUUAAAACAAUACAUUUUGGUUUCAUUGUGACCAGCUAUUCUUUCAGAGAGAUAAUUUCCUUUGUUCUUAAUCAUUAUUUGUAUCACAUUCUCAUAUUUAAAAUGAAUGUUAUUUAAAGCAUAUAUUAUAGACUUCAGAUAGCUUAAGCAAACUUAGGAAAAGAAGUGAAACAAAGUGUUUUGUACUGGGUCUGUUACUGUUUGAAAUAAACUGCUGUAAUUAUCUAGUUCCAGCUUAGGUUGCUAUUAUCGGAAUCUCAGUAGUCUUCCUGCUUUUCUAUCCAAAUGCAUUUCCAAUUCAUCUUGAGUAUAUCCUCAAUGGCUUUCCCCACUCAUAAACAAUAGGUAUUGUAAGCUGAUGUCAUAGACCUGGACUAAAUUGAUUGCACAUUCCUCUCAAAUAAGCUAAUUAAACAGCAAACAAGUACAAGUCUAUAUACGGCCCUUGUAUCAAAAUAAAAGGUAAAUUAACUGAUAUUGUAAUUCUUUUAUUGGAUCAUUUUUACCUGGAUUGUUCAUAUUGUCCAUUUAUUUCAAGCUAGUAUUUUUUUAAUUUUCAAAAAAUAAUCAGGCAUGUCAAAGAAAUGUUAACUAUUAAAAUGGUUUCUAUUUUUCUGAUUUAUGUGUAUUACAGUGGAUGCGUCUAAAUGUGAAAAACUUAUUUAAAUACAGCUGAAUUGCCCACUAGGCGGCCAAAAA